AUGGCAGAAGAGACUGAAACCCAAGCUAGUGCAAGCAAGGCCAAAGGAGAAGUUGAGGUGCUCAAUGACAACACUGAUGAAGGAACCAACUCCAACUCUGACCUCAAUGGUGAUAGCAAGCAAUACAAUUUCCAUACCCUAGCAAAACUCCUUGAGCUGGUGCCCAAACUCACAUUGCACAACUACUAUAGCUGGAGCACUCAUAUCAAGUCCUUCCUCCAAUCAGUGCCACAUGUAAUGAAGCAUCUCAAAGGAGCUUAUGACAAGAAGCACACCAAGUGGAACUGUGCAUUUGAUGACACUCUCAUUAAUGCACUGCAUGGUACCAUCAACACCAUCAGCAAAUACAAUGUAAAUUACCUGAUCCUCAACAUCAUCAGAGAAUACCAUACUUUCCACCAAGUUUGGAAGAAGAUUGAGACUGGCCUGACCAAUGAAGCCACUGUGACCUCAUGUCAACUUGCACUCAUUGCUCAGCUAGGUGAUAUCAAGAUGUUCAACUCCAACACCCAAAAGCUUAUUCAAGAAAUCAGAUCCAUUCAGAUGGAGAGCAGUCUCCUGGGAAAGCCAUUUGCCAAUGACACCUUAUUCUCAAACCUGCAGAAGUGCACCAUAUGCCACCCCAUGUACAAGGAAACUGUCACAACCAUCAGUCAGCUAAACUUUAAUGCACUCACCACUGCCUUGAUCAUAUGUCAGUCUGCAAUUGAAAACAACCCCACUUAUAAGGUAGACCUGUGCCAGGCUGGUGCUAGAAUCGCUGGCAGUGACAAUCAGGAUGAAUCUGCCAAAGUGGACAAGAAGGAUGAGAAGGACAAGAAGGAUGAGAAGGACAAGAAGGAUGACAGUCACACAAGUGCAAGAGUAGCAACCAGACCCAGAAAGAUUUGA